UGCAAUGAUUUAAAGCUCAACACAGUCUCUGCUUCCUCAACCUCAACAAGCAACUGACUUAGCGCAACUUACAUUUCCCAUAAAUGUCAAGGAUCUUUUCCAUCCUUCUGCAGAACACGCGAGAGACGAAACAGCAACCACUCAACAGAGUCUCAUUUUUCAGGAUGGCAAACUGUCAGAGUGUAAUAAUAAGAUUGAAGUUUGCGGGGUCUUUCUUCCUAUACAGCGCAGAGCUCAGUGUAAAUGGCAAUUGUGGUAGUUAUUAAUUGGUCCAGCCACUCUUGCUUAAACUUACGACCCUGUGCUGUCUUUCCUCCAGCAGUUUAGCCCAGAAACAAUCCGUGGCACCACUCAGACUCAUUAGACUAUCAGUACCAUGGCACCAUCACAUACCCCGACUACUGGACCUUCCGCAGUUUCUUAUUAGUGACAGUGCGUCACUAGAGGAAUCGUUUACGCACGAGCCAAUACAGGCACAAGGCGACGGUUGAGAUUUUCUGAUCUCCUUUUGCGCCAUGGAGAACUCCAGUCUGCCGGGUGGAAGUGCGCAAAGUGCUGGUUCGGUGGACUUUAUUACUUUAAAGCAAGUGGAUUCUCCGGAGGAGGGUGUCAUGAAGGGAUUAGGAGCGGUCGGUCGUGCCGUGUUUCUCCAAGGCAGCGGUUACAGGACUGUAGCCGAGUUUAUGGCCGUUCUCCCUACGGAAACCUCUCACCUGAUGCCUGCCUUCUGGGACUCCCCGCUCAGUCACGGCAUCAAUGUGUUCGUCGGACUGGUACUUUGCUUCACUAUGUUGGGGCUGGGCUGCACGGUGGAGGUCAGCCAGCUCGGAGAACAUAUCCGCCGACCCAUCGGGGUGCUCCUGGCUCUGGUGUGUCAGUUUGUUAUCAUGCCACUAGUGGCUUUUCUUUUGGCGCUAGCCUUUUCUUUGGAUGAUGUGGCGGCGAUGGCCGUGCUCCUCUGUGGCUGCUGUCCUGGAGGAAACUUGUCAAAUAUUAUGUCUCUGCUUGUACACGGAGAGAUGAAUCUAAGCAUCAUCAUGACCAUAUCCUCCACUCUGCUGGCGCUCGUUUUGAUGCCGCUCUGCCUCUGGAUCUACAGUCGAGCCUGGAUCAACACCCCUGUGGUUAACCUCCUGCCCUUUGGGGCCAUCAUACUGACACUUUGCAGCACCCUCAUCCCCAUUGGGUUUGGAGUUAUGCUUAGGUACCGCUACACGCGAGUGGCGGAUAUUGUUUUAAAGGCUUCUCUGUGGUCUUUGUUGUUCACCCUGGUGUUACUCUUCAUCCUUACUGGAGCAAUGCUGGGGCCAGAGCUGCUCUCCACCAUCCCGCCUUCUGUCUACGUGGUGGCUGUGCUGAUGCCUCUGUGCGGUUACGCUGCAGGUUACGGGCUGGCAGUGCUUUUUGACUUGCCCCCCAACAGUCGCAGGGCCGUGUCUCUGGAGACGGGCUGCCAGAAUGUGCAGCUGUGUACGGCUAUCCUGAAGCUGGCCUUCCCUCCUCAGCUGAUGGGGGGGAUGUACAUGUUUCCCCUGCUCUACGCCCUGUUCCAAGCAACCGAGGCUGGGAUUUUCAUCCUGGCCUACAGGAUGUACAGGAGGGAGGUCCUGCAUAAACCAGAUCCCAUGGUGGACGGUGAGGACACGGACAUAAAUUAUCAAAGGUUUGAAGACGAGGACUUUGAACCGUCAUAUGGUGCGGUGACAGUGAGCGACCCAAACACUAUCAUGCUGGAUCCUUGUCCUCCUGAUCCAACUCCAGUUUAAUCUGCAUAAAAAUAAUAAUUAAAAAAACAAAAAUCGCUGCUCUUCUAUGGAGGACCAAAACUGCCAAAUUGAAAAAAGAAAAAAAAAAAACCAAAAAAACAUAUAUAUAUGACUCAGUAACACAAUUAAUAGACAUUAAAUUAUUACUUAAACACAGAAAUGAAUAAAGCUAUAAUAUAAACACUUGUUUUUAUUGUUUUCAACAUGUCACUUGGUAUUAUAGUUAUCCCACUUUAUUACUUUCAUUCAUUUUGACUUUUAUUUUACAUUUAUUUAAUGAUUGUUUUUAUUAUUUAUCUAUUAUUUGACUGUAUUUUUAGCCAAGUGGGAACUCCUAGGACUGAAAAAUGAAGCAAAUGCAAAGGUAAUAAAACCUUCAUCUAAUACUGGUCCUCUAAAGACCACGUGAGGUUGGCUCCAAGCAGACAUUAUAAAAGAUGGAUCUAGCUACCGUGACAUCACUUGUUGGUUUCUGAAGUCCAAUUUUGAAGCCUGGGGAUGUGGUUUCUGCAAUCGCCAGCUUAGUUGCAAAAAUCCACAUAUGAAGAGAUAACGGUCUGACUGUGAAAAUGGAUGCUCAUUGGCUAACGCUCACUGACUUGUAGCUACAUACCACAGAUAUCCUUCCGUUCUGUUUUGCUUAUAAAACAGACCUUGGUUUUUAUUUUUAGCAUGACCCAAAAUGAGUGAUUGAGACGAUAAACUCAGCAGGAAAAUCAGAAAAUAAUUUUCCCACAGAACUCUAUAUAAUUAAAUGACUUUUCGAAACCACAGCUAUUGCCAUCUGGUGGUCUUCAAGUAGGAUACAGAUAUUUUGGCACUUCUGCAUUGGCUUUAUUGUUAGACCCGAAGGUUACGUCCAUCUUUGAUACAUGUGUAUGAUUUAAAUUGGUUGAUUGAAAUUCGGGUGUUUUAUUCGUUUCUUGCUUAAGAUUAGCAGGGAUGUGCACCUUUAGCUCCUCGCAGACUCUGUGCCGUGUUAUUGUUUAUGAGCUUUUGAUUGGCCAACAUUUUUUGAAGGUUGGGGUUAUAUCACCACCUGUUGCUUUAGCAUGCUCUUGACUGCGCUCGAGAUUGGUUUUGCAUUUUCAUGUGUAAGGAGACAUUUUUUAAAGACAAACUCGGAAAAAUCUUGUUUUAAAAAGUACCUGCGUAGCUAGCCUUCACACAUAAGCUUUCCCUUUUCUAAAUGGGUCACCCUCCCUCAACCCUCCCAUUUAUCCAGGCUUUGGAAUAGCACCGGGAAUCCAAUAGCGUGUGACCUCGCCUUGGAAAAAUGUGGGGGUAGGGGUGCGUUCUCCUAGUCUCAAAAUGGUGAUCAUGCACAUGUAAGGUGAAUGUGUUAACCACUACACUAUGUUGUUAUAUAAAUCUGGAAACUUCAACCGCUGAUAAAGCAUAUAAUCUAAUUACUGAGUCAUUUAUUGACUAAUUUCUUUAUUUUUUUAAUUUUGGCAGUUAUGACCUUCCAUACCUACUAUGACGCAGGGAAGCAGAUUAAGGCGUUCAGAUAGAUUUAUCAUUUCAUCGCUGUUAUUCAUAAAAGUAAUGUCUGUAAAAUGUUAACAUGAUUGCUAAAAAGGUGCUUUAUGUCCUGCUCGAGCUUAACUCGUUCAUCCUAACCACCGAUGUCUCAUUUCGUGAUAUAAAAAAAGCAAAAGAAACAUGACUUCAAAGUUGCAUUAGUGAAGCAGGACAGUG